CAGGCAGGGGGAGCAGAAGAGGGAGAGGGAGAAGCAGGCUCCCCGCUGAGCAAGGAGCCUGAUGAAGGGCUCAAUCCCAGGACCCUGGGAUGAGGACCCGAGCCGAAGGCAGACGCUUAACCAACUGAGCCACCCAGGCAUAUCUUUACAUACCCAGUGCUUCUUGCCAAAGCCAAGCAUAAAAAGUUCUUUCCAAGAAGUGUCAAUGUGGACAUACACAAAUAGUGUCCCUGAGAAUUUAUACUUAAUGACAGAUUGGGACAAUGAUGGGGAGAGUGAAGGGCAUCAGAGAUAUCAUGAAGGACCUAUUCAAACUGAGACACCUGCCUUUAAUAAGAAACUCACUGCCCCAAAUGGUGAAGGAUAUAAAACUAUAUGGACAACCUCCCUUUUUAAGUCAGCUGUUUCUGAAAAACAGUGUGAUUCUGCAAGAAAAAGCUACUAUCAAAUAUUCAAACAUACAUGUUUGUGGAAAGAAAAUUUGGAAGAUCGGGAAAGUUAUCUAGCCCAUGCUGAAAGUAAUGAUUUGAACCAUUUUGAAGAUAGGAUUGGAUUGACCUAUCAGUCAAAUAUUUCUGAUAAUCAGAGAUUUAGAAAUGAAGAACAGUAUGCUAAGUGGGAUCUAUUUGAGAGGUGCCGCAAUGUGGAGUUGACCCUACAGAAUUACCAGAGCCUUUUCAAUGGAGACAGAAUUGCUCAAUGCAGUGAAUCUGAGAGAACAUUUAACCAGUGCUCUAGUGUUAAUAGACGUGUGAUGACUCCAUUUCCAAAGAACCAUAGUGAAUGUCAUAAAUGUGGGGAAGUCUUUAAUCAGAGCUCUAACCUUACUAUACAUGAGACUAUCCAUGUGGGAGAGAAUCCUUAUGAACAUAAUCAGUGUGGGAAGACUCUUAAGCAGUCCUCCAGUAUUGGUGAUCAUCAGAGAAUUCAUGAGGGAAAAAACCCAUUCAGGUGUAAUAAGCCAGGGAACAUGUUUAGUCAGUCAUCAAGACUAAAUAUAAAUAAUACAAUCUCUACUGGAGAGAAAAAGUACAUUUUUAAAGAAAGUGGUAAAGCCUUUGACUUGCACUCAACACUAACUCAACAUCAGCAAAUUGGAGAGAAAACAUAUAAAUGUGAAGAAGGUGGUAAAAGCUUUAAGGACUGCUCAUCACUAAAUAGACACAGGCAAAUCCAUACCGGAGAGAAACUUUACAUGUGUAAAGAAUGCGGCAAGGUCUUUAAGAGGCUACACCACCUUACUCAACAUCACAGAAUUCAUACUGGAGAGAAACCUUACAAAUGUAAAGAAUGCGGCAAGGCCUUUAACCAUCAAUCAAACCUUAUGAAACAUCACAGAAUUCAUACUGGAGAGAAACCUUACCUAUGUAACAACUGUGGCAAAGCAUUCAGAUUUCGCUCAGUCCUUACUGAACAUCACAGAAUUCACACUGGAGAGAAACCUUACAAAUGUAAAGAAUGUGCCAAGGCCUUUAACAGUCAAUCAAACCUUACUCAACAUUAUAAAGUUCAUACUGGAGAGAAACCUUACAAAUGUCAAGAAUGUGGCAAGGCCUUUAACCACCACUCAACACUUACUGAACAUCACAGAAUUCAUACUGGAGUGACGCCUUACAAAUGUAAAGAAUGUGGCAGAGCCUUUAAGUUUCACUCAAACCUUACCAAACAUCACAGAAUUCACAGUGCAGACAAACCUUACCAAUGUAAAGAAUGUGGCAAAGUCUUUAAAUUACGCUCAACCCUUACGGGACAUCAUAGAAUUCAUAGUGCAGAGAAACCUUACAAAUGUAAAGAAUGUGGCAAGGCCUUUAAGAGGCAGUCAGCCCUUAAUCGACAUCACAGAAUUCAUAGUAGAGAGAAACCGUACAGAUGCGAAGAAUGUGGUAAAACCUUUAAAGACUGCUCAUCACUAAAUGCACAUAGGCAAAUCCAUACUGGAGAGAAACUCUACAAAUGUAAACAAUGUGGCAAAGCCUUUAACGGGCACUCAAACCUUACUCAGCAUCACAGAGUCCACACUGGUGAGAGACUCUACAAAUGUAAAGAAUGUGGCAAAGCCUUUACGUUGCACUCAGGACUUACUCAACAUCACAGAGUUCAUACUGGAGAGAGACCUUACCAAUGUAAAGAAUGUGACAAGUCCUUUAACCAGCUCUCAAUGCUUACUCGACAUCACAGAAUUAUACUGGAGAGAGACCUUACCAAUGUAAAGAAUGUGGCAAGGCCUUUAACAGACAAUCAAUCCUUAGUCAACAUUACAAAAUUCAUACUGGACAGAAACUGUAAAAAUGUGAGGAAUGUGGUAAAGCCUUUAAAUUACACUCAACCCUUGCUCGACAUCACAGAAUUCAUACCGGAGAGAUAUGAGAUGCCCUUCUUCAUUAGGUGGAACUCAUGCAUACCUAAUUUUCCAUGGAUGAUGGACAGUAUAAUACACAAAUAUGCAGAAAAACUAAAUGGAGAUGCUAUUUAUGGUUAUAACAUUGAUGUGAGUUACCAUGAAAUAGCUAUUCAGCUGUACGAUACUCCAUGUAUUGUAAACUAAAGAACUUCCUGAACAUUAGAAAUACAAGAUUUUAAUAAAAUUAAAAAAAAAAUACAAGAUUUUACUAAUAGCUCUUUAAGGAAAAAGGUGGCAGUCCAGUAAAGUACUGAUAAUAUCUUCAGAGCAAUCAUUAGAGUGUGAGGUGAUGUGGUUGAAAUGAAGAAAUCCUGACACACCAGAGGGAGGAUAACUGGUUUGUUUGGACUGGAGAAGGGAGGCACUGGGCAAAGUGCGCAUGGAGUGGGGAAGGGGCGCUGCCUGUGUAGAUUCGUAGGCUGCCGACCCCGCUGCCGUGCACUGGGGUGACAUGCCAACUAACACCAACCAUGACAACUAACGCCAACCAUGAAAGAUCCAAGUCACAGCAGUACUAGCCCAAGCAUCAUCAAUGAAGAUGUGACUUUAUUAAUGGUCAUUCUCAUGAAGAUGACAAUCCAUUUGCAGAGUACAUGUUGAUGGAAAAUGAAGAGGAAUUCAACAAAUAGAAGAGGAGUUAUGGGAAGAAGAAUUUAUUGAACACUGCUUCCCAGAAAUGCUGGAGGAAGAAGAAGAACGUGAGUGGCUUAUUCCAGCUCGAGAUCUCCCACAAACUAUGGACCAAAUCCAAGACCAAUUUAAUGACCUUGUUAUCAGUGAUGGCUCUUCUCUGGAAGAUCCUGUGGUCAAGAGCAAUCUGAAUCCAAAUGCAAAGGAGUUGGUUCCUGGGGUGAAGUACUAAAAUAUUUGAGUAGACGGGGCCCUUUUUUGGUGGAUGUAGCACAAUUUCCACACUGUGAAGGCAGUAUUAGGAGUCUUAAUUGUAAAAGCCCUCUUGUCACUGUGUUACAUUUAUGCAUUGCCAAAGUUUUGUUAGUCUUGCAUGCUUAGUAAAAGUGCUGAGACUGUUACUAAGGAUUAAGCUGUCAUUUCACUUUUACUGAGCUGUAUGGCACUCUAGGGAAGAGUUAGCUGAAACGUUUACUGAAAAUAGAAUUGGCCCCAUGACUUGAUGUGAAGACAGCGAGAAAAGAAGCACUAGUAAAGUUGUGACAAAGCACCAAAUUAAAAUGACCCCUAAAUCUUAGUGAAUUGUCUUUUAAAGCUAAACUAGUCCCUUAGGGUUAGCGAAUGCUAGUUAAUAUCUAAACUUUAUAAAAACGAGUACAUUUAAAUGAAGUUCUAGUUGUUAGGCAUAUUUCUCAGUUCAGACUUAAAUUUGCAUUUGUAACAAAAAGGAUCUCCUUUUUCUGAAGAAGGCCUUGUUAGUUAAUUUGAAAUAAUUCUUUACAGACAAGUAUAUCUUUGGUGUACUGAAGUUAUAAGGUAGUAAUCAGAUGAGAACUAGUCCUGACUUCGAUGGUAUUUUAUCAUGUAAGAAAUAGUGAAUUCUGGGCGCCUGGGUGGCUCAGUUGGUUAAGCAACUGCCUUCGGCUCAGGUCAUGAUCCUGGAGUCCCUGGAUCGAGUCUCGCGUCAGACUCCCUGUUCGGCGGGGAGUCUGCUUCUCCCUCUGACCCUAGCCCCUCUCAUGUGCUCUCUCUCAUUCUCUCUCUCAAAUAAAAUCUUUAAAAAAAAAAAAAGUGAAUUCUUCUAAUGUUACAUCUGAGGAAGUAUGUAAUUUGAGAAUUGCAUCUUCUAUGGAGUCACUGCAUCAUAGCUAUGCCUAUGUGAAGUGCAACGUUUGACCCACCAUAAUCCAACUGAACAAAGUAAUGGUAACGUGAUUUGAGUGGUGCUUUUCCUUGCUUUGUUAACCAUCACAAUAGUCUACAUCACAACUUUUCUUUUAACAAAGCUAGAACAGUUUUGGCUUCUUAAACUUCAUACUUGGGUAGGUUAAGCUGCCAUACAUGUUCAGUGUGAAUAGUGUUUAAGUUGAAAAUAUUGUAAAAAAAUUAUAUAUUUUUAAAAAAUAUUUAAAAAAAUAAAUAGUACAACUGGGGGGCCGGGGGCGGAAGGAUAGCUAACUCUUCCCUAGAGUGCCAUACAGCUGUACUUAACACCUUUCUUAAAAAUGACCUCAGGCCUGAAAUCUAUGGAAAUUACUGCUCCCACAUCAUGAUAGCAGCACUUGAAUGCUUUUUAAAGCUUGUAUUCUGUAUUUUGAAAGGUGAUAAUAGAGUGGAUUUGAAAUGCAUAACUUAGUCUUUGUGUGAACUUAAAUAUAUUUUAAUAAAACAAUUUUUUUUUAAAGAUUUUAUUUAUUUAUUUGACAGAGAGAGACAGCUAGAGAGGGAACACAAGCAGGGGGAGUGGGAGAGGGAGAAGCAGGCUCCCCACUGAGCAGGGAACCCAACUGGUGUUCCAUCCCAGCACCCUGGGAUCGUGACCUGAGCUGAAGGCAGAUGCUUAACCUACUGAGUCACCCAGGUACCCCAAAACAUAAUUUUUAACGUGUUAACAUGGAUGUGUAAUGAAUGACAUGUUAUCCCACCACCAAUGUGAAUCCAUCUCAUUUUAUUGAAGGUUGUAGGUAACUGAUGGUAUCAUCUAUUUGGUAACGGUGUGGAAUAAUAUACUUACAAAUCCAUUUUCUCAGUGAUCUUAAGGUUUAUAUGAUGUGAUUAUUUUCCCCCUAGUCUGUCAUACGAUUUUCUCUUUGUGAAAACUCUGGUAUUAUUAUGCAUAUAUUAGAGAGGGGUAUAAUAUAGAGGUGUUGUUGAGGUUUUUGCUCAUGUACUCUAUGCAAUUGCUACUUAGCGUCCAUUUGGUGUAGGCAGUAUUUUGCAGUGGCCUUGAAUGACAUCAGCCAUUCUCACUAGUGAAUCCCAAGACAACACGCUGCAGAGUCCCAAGUUAAUGUAACUGCUGAUAUGACAUCUUCAUUCCAUUCUUGUAAGCAACCCUCUCUCCUUUUUCCCAAAGCAUUCCCCUCCCGUAUCCCUUAGAGAAGACACCCACAGAGCUUACCUAAGCCUGCUUUAGUUUGAAUGGCCUAGUCUGUACUUAGUCCUAGGACUCUGAAGCACUUCACCAUGGCCCCAAAUAAAGAUAUGUGCCCCACGUCAUAGGUGGAGGUGUUUUUUUGAUGUGUAUAUGAAAUAUAUGUGUGCAUAUGACUGUUGGGUGUGUAAUUGAUAACCCAUAAAUAAGUGAAACCUAUCCCAAUGAGAGUGAUAUGGUAGCCCACAUAAGAGAUAGAAAAUCUUUAAGAUGAAGAAUUAGCAUGUGGAGAAGGACAACUGUCCGAAGGUGCACAACUGAUUCCCUGUAUUUAGAAAAUAUCUUCUUUUCUCCAGUUUUAUUUUUCUUCAUUAUGUUUCCACGUACAAAGGCAUCACAACCAUUCUUUUUUCCUGUGUUUUGCCGAGAGAGUCCUCUCUAAACACUUGAGAUUAGAGUGAUGGAAGGCCAGUGGGUACUCAGACAUUCACAGUGGGAUGUGACAUGUGAAUCUAAGAAAGACUUGAUGAAGCACCAACUUGAGACAGGAUCCUGUCUUCAAGUGAGCGGUUUUACAGGUGAAGAGUUUCUAUUGGUGGCUUUAAUGGCAUUUUCUCGUGAUGGCAGCUGUGAUUUCUCUACAGAAAGCUUGUGAGAAAGAAAUCUAGAGGACGAAGUGAAAGAAGAAAUGGCUAGUUCUCAGGUAAGCCUGGUGUCCCAAGUCAGAAGCCAUGUAAGGUUUUUUUCCUGAAAUUCCUGAAAUUUGCAAAUGCUGGUUCCUCUAGUUCUUAUGUUUCUGCCUCAUGUUUUCACCUAUUUUUAAAAUCUUUUCAGAAAUGAUACUCAAGGCUAGGUCUUUAGAACACUUCUCCCCAGUAUCCCAGAUCCUUCUCCCUUUUCUCCAACCUGGCUCCCAAUAGGCCAUCAAUAUUUGUCACUUUGAAUUAAAGUCCUGCAAGUAUUGAAAAUAUUCCUUGGUGACAAAACCAGAGGGGAAAGUGUUGAGUCCAAGAUUCCUAUUGCUGGUGAGGUCUGUUCCUGGGAUUUCAGUGAAGGUAAACAUCAUUUAGAUCCCACCUGGAUACUUUAUCAACUCUCUGUAGCCCAGAAGUAAGAAAAUGCACAAAUAUACAGGAUGGGUAUGAGGUCUAGAAUAACUCGCAAAGUUUUCGGACUGCAAAUAGGUGUGGUGUGUGAGUCUUGUUCUUUAGAAUGUGAAAAAGAUGGUCUAUUUAAAAUAUAAUAGAGGGGCGCCUGGGUGGCUCAGUCGGUUAAGUGUUGGACUCUUGAUUUCUGAUCAGGUCGUGAUCUCAGGGUCCUAGAAUAGAGCCCCAUUUCUGGCUCUGCAUUCAGAGGCGAAUCUGUUUGAGAUUCUCUCUCCCUCUCCCCUGCCCCUCCCCGCCUCUCUCUCAAAUAUAAAUAAAUCUCUAAAUAAAAUUAGAAUUAAAAUAAAAUAACUUCCCCAAUAGACUUUCUGAAAGAGUUCCACCCCCAAUAUAUUUCAGGAAAACCUAUGUCUCGCUCCAUGGCAAUGGAUUGGCAGAUAUGCAGGAUGUAGCUUUAAGCUAUUGGCGUUUCCUGCGCUCAGGGUCUACAGAUGUGACAGAAACCCACUGCAAGUUCAGCAUCUCCCUGUAUCAGUUGGGGGUGGGGAGCUGACAAGUGAAAUUAGUGUGAUGAAGUUUAUGGUUGUUACUGUGUCCUGAGCCAUAACGUACUUUGCACUCUGCUAGGAGCCUCCUGUCUUCUGCCACGAUUGGAAAAUUGUGAGAGGCCAGCUUGUUACAUUAUAAAAUGUGUGUAAUCUUGGAAUUUUUAUGGUCCUCAAGAUUAUCCAUGGACUUUAUUCAAAACAAAAUAGAUAUUUAUGGGUCUGUUUCUACUCUUGUUUGUUCAUUUGUUUUUAGUUUUGAUUUUGUAUAUAUGUGAAUUCAUAUGGUAUUUGGCCGCCUUUGACUUAUUUCAAAUAGCACAAUACCUUCUGGGUCUAUCCACAUUGUCACAAAUGUCAAGAAACAACAAAAAAACAGAAAGAGACCAUAACAACCGUGGUUACCAGAGUGGAAUGGAGAAGGAUGAUGGGCAAAAUGGGGAAAUGGGACUGGGAAGUACAGGCUUCCAGUUAUGGAAUUAGUAAGUCAUAGGGGAUAAGAUACAACAUAGGAAAUACAUUCAAUGGUAGUAUAAUAGCAUUUUAUGGUGACAGAUGGUCGCUCACUUGUGGUGAGCAUAGUAGAACAUACACAGUUGUCAAAUCACCAUGUUUUUCACAUGAACUAACGUAACAUUGAAUGUCAAGUAUACUUUAAUAGAAAAGAAAGCAAAAUAGGUACGGAUAAGCUUAUAGCUAUACGAGUUAAACUACUUUCUUAAGAAGUUGUAGGAAGGGGCGCCUGGGUGGCUCAGUCGUUAAGCGUCUGCGUUCAGCUCAGGUCAUGGUCCCAGGGUCCUGGGAUCGAGCCCCGCGUCGGGCUCCCUGCUCUGCAGGGAGCCUGCUUCUCCCUCUCCCACUCUCCCUGCUUGUGUUCCCUCUCUCACUGUGUUUCUCUCUGUCAAAUAAAUAAAUAAAGUCUUAAAAAAAAAAAAAAAGAAAAUCCCCUGGGUACUGCAGUUAUUUUCACUAAUGAAAAUAAUUGUGGCAAACAGCAAAGCUCCAUGCCUGAUUAUAGUAUAUUGAUUCUAAUACAUUUUUCCCCACAUUUUAAACAGCUCUUCAAUCCAUGAGGAUUACACUCAAUGGAAUGUCACAGUUUAAUUAACAGGGGAUCUCCUCCCCUCCUGCUGCUUGGUGGCACAUAAAAUAAACACUCAUCUCACAAUUAAAGAUUUCUUAGUGUUGAGAUCAUCAUCUUAAAAAUAAUGCAAUAUGAGGGUGCCUGGGUGGCUCAGCCCUUGAGUGUCUGCCUUCGGCUCAGGUCAUGAUCCCAGGGUCCUGGGAUCGAGCCCCGCAUCGGGCUCCCUGCUCAGCGGGAAGCCUGCUUCUCCCUCUCCCUCUCCCUCUCCCACUCCCCUUGCUUAUGUUCCCUCUCUCACUGUGUCUCUCUGUCAAAUAAAUAAAUAAAAUCUUAAAAAAAAAAAGGCAUUGGAAGUUUGAUAGAGAUUGCAUUAAUCUGUAGAUCACUUUAAGUUUUAUUGACAGCUCAGUGGUUUUAAGUAUUCCAAUGAAAGAACUAGGAUAUGUUUCCACUUAUUUCUUCUUUCAAUUCCUGCACAAUAGUUUAUAGUUUUCAUUAUUCCAGGUCUGAACUCUAUCAUUAUGUUAAAUUGCAAGCAUUUUAUUUUGGAGGAAGUUACUCUAUAUUAUGUCUCUGUUUUGGGAAUUGUUCUUUGUUGCAUAGAAACAGAACUAAUUUUUAUAUGCUGGGUUUGCGUUCUCCAACUUUGUAAAAUUUGUACGAGUUUUAACAGGUUUAUAACAAUAAGGAUUCCUCAAGAGAGGAAAAUAGUAGUGGAGUAGGAGGACCCUAGGCUUAUCACAUCUCAUGAACACCACUAGGCAACUACCAAAUUAUCCUAAAUACCCCAGAAAUUGGUCUAAAGACUGGUGGAACAAACUCCCCAAGUAAAAGGAGAGAAGAGGCCACAUCAAAGAUUGCAGAUAGAUUGGAGACAUGGUUUGGGGAGACAAGGAUUAUAGUGCUCUGGAGGGCAGGGAGUGGUGUUUGUACAGAAGGUGGCAUGACGGGAGCUCACAGGGGAAUGCUAAAGGAGAAGGUCUCCCAAAAGCCACUGGCUUGGUAAAGGAGAGGGGCUGAAUUUACUAGACAUCACAGAAUUCAUACUGAACAGAAACCUUACAAAUGUAAAGAAUGUGGCAAGACCUUUAAAUUACGCACAAAUCUUACUCAACAUCAGAGAAUUCAUACUGGAGAGUAACUAUACAAAUAUAAAGAAUGUGUCCAACCGGGGCAUCUGGGUGGCUCACCUGGUUAAGCGUCUGCGUUCGGCUCAGAUCCUGAUCCCAGGGUCCUGGGAUGGAGCCCCGCGUCGGGCUCCCUGCUCAGUGGGAAGCCUGCUUCUCCCUCUCCCUCUACCUGCCGCUCCGCCCUGCUUGUACUCUCUCUCUGUCAAAUAAAUAAAUAAAAAUCUGAAAAAAAAAAAUGUGUCCAACUUCUCACUGGAACUCCAGCUUAUUCAAGUUAUCAUAGAGGAGCAAAACUGUAAAAUUUAAAGAACGUGGCCAAGCCUUCAGCUGCCACUCAAUCCUUACUCAAUAUUACAAAUACCCACUAGAUUCAAACCCUAGAAACAUAAUGAAUGUGGAAAGACCUUUUUUUUAAUAUAUACUGUAGGAAACACCAGAGAGUGCAUAAAAAAAAGUAAACUGAAAGAUACCAAUGUUUAAAAAACUAUUUAAUUGAACAUCAAUGUCAAUAAAUGUCACAGAAAUUAAGAAAGCAGUCCAUCAGUCAAUCUAGUCAGACAGUACUACUUUACAUGAAAAUAGUUAUAAGGAAAAAAAAAAAGUUAAACACUUAAAAAUAUACCUGCUAUUAUGUUUCAAAAGAUUUAGUGGGAGGAUUUUUACUUAGGCAUAAUUUCAAUUUGUGCUUUUUUGUUACAUUGACCCUCUUUGAGUUUUGUGACUAACAAAUAUUAAAGUAUUUUGCCCUCAAAUCACUUCAGAAAAUUCCUUUUUUCCUAGUCGUGUAUAAAACGGUGAGGCUGAUUGUUGCUACAUCAAAGAUAUUAGAUGCCCUGCUUCAUUAGGUGGGAAUCAUGCAUACCCAAUUUUCCAUGGAAGAUGAAGGAUAGUAUAAUAUACAACAUAGGAAGAAAAUCUAAAUGGAGAUGCUGUUUAUGGUUAUAACACUGAUGGAAUUUACCACGAAAUAGGUGUUCAGAACACAUUCUUCUCCAUGUAUUAAAACUAAAGUACUUCCUGAAUAUUAGAAAUACAGAGUUUUAGGGGCACCUGGGUGGCUCAGUCGUUGGGCGUCUGCCUUCGGCUCAGGUCAUGAUCCCAGCGUCCUGGAAUCGAGCCCGGCAUAGGGCUCCCUGCUCAGUGGGAAGCCUGCUUCUCCCUCUCCCACUCCCCCUGCUUGUGUUCCCUCUCUCACUGUGUCUCUCUCUGUUAAAUAAAAUCUUAAAAAAAAAAAAAAAUAGAGUUUUACUAAUUGCUCCUUCAGGAAAAAAAGGUGGUAGUCCAGGAAACUAUUUAUAUAUUCAUAAUAGCAAUCGUUAGAGUAGAGAGUAUGCCUUGAUAGGGUUGAAAUGAAGAAAUCCUGACAGAUAUCUGAAAGAGCGUAGCUAAGUCUUCCCUACAAUGCCAUACAAUUUUUUUUUUUUAAAAGAUUUUUAUUUAUUUGAGAGAGAGAGUGAGAGAAAGAAAGAGCACAAGAGAGGGGAGCGGGAGAGGGAGAAGCAGACUCCCUGCCAAGCAGGGAGCCCGAUGCGGGACUCCAUCCCGGGACUCCAGGAUCGUGACCUGAGCUGAAGGCAGUCGCUUAACCAACUGAGCCACCCAGGCGCCCUCCAUACAAUUUUAUAUACACAUUUCUUAAGAACUACCUCAGGCCUGAAAUUUAUGGAAAUUACUACUCCCACAUCAUUCUAACAGCCCUGGAAUGCUUUUUACUGCUUCUAUUCCGUAUUUUGGUGAUAAUAGAGUGGCUUUGAAAUCCAUAACAUAAUCUAUGUGUGAACUUAAUCUAUUUUAAUUAAUAAAACACAAUCGUUUUUAAUGUGUUAACAUGGAUGUGUAAUGAAUGAUGUGUUCUCCCAGCGCCGAGGUGAACCCAUCUCAUUUUAUUGAAGGUUGUAGGGAACUGAUAUCUAUCAACUAUUUGGUAAUGGGAUGGAAUAAUAUUCCUAGGAAUCCAUUGUCUCAGUGGCCUUAAGGUUUAUUUAUUUAUUUAUUUAUUAUUUUUUAAAGAUUUUAUUUAUUUAUUUGACAGAGAGAGACACAGUGAGGGAGGGAACACAAGCUGGGGGAGUGGGAGAGAGAGUAGCAGGCUCUCUGCGGAGCAGGGAGCCCGAUGCGGGGCUCGAUCCCAGGACCCCGGGAUCAUGACCUGAGCCAAAGGCAGACGCUUAACUGACUGAGCCACCCAGGCGCCCCUGGCCUUAAGGUUUAAAUAAUGUGUGGUUAUUUCCCCCCCAGUAUUGUAUCUUCUUCUCUUUGUGAAUACUGCGAUAUUAUUAUGGAUAUAUUGCAGAUUAUGUGUAGGUACUGUUGAUGUUUUAGCUCAUGCACUCCAUGAUACGGCUACUUGGCAUCCCCUUGGUGUAGGCAGUAUUUUUGCAGGGGCCUUGAACUGACACCUGCCCUUCUCACUAGUGUGUUCCCUAGACAAUACUCUGUAGAGUCACAGGGCAGUGUAACUUGAGACGUGACAACCCAGUCCACUCUUGUGAGCAACCAUCUCUCCUUUUUCCCAAGGCUUUCCCCUCCUGUGUCUCCUGGAAAAGACUCCCACAAGGCUUACCUAGACCUGUUUUAGUUUGAAUGGCCUAAUCUGGACUUAAACUGGGACUCUAAAGCACUCCACCAUGGCCCAUAAUACAGGUGUGUGCCCCACUUUAUAUGUGGGGGUGUUGCCUGGACGCUUCCGUAAAGUACAUGUGGGCAUAUGACCAUGCUGCGUGUGUAAUGGAUACCCCAGAAGUAGGAGAAACCAACCCCAUAGGAGUGAUAUUGUAGCCCAGGUAAGAGAUAGAAAAUAUUGAUAUGAUGAGCCCUGGGUAUUCUACGCAACUGAUAAAUAAUUGAACGCUACAUCUGAGACUAAUGAUGUGGUAUAUAUUGGCUAAUAAAAUUUAAAAUUAAAAAAAACACAUAAGAUGAAGAAUUAGCAUGUGGAGGAGGACAACUGUCGUGAGUUGGACAAUGGACUC